UUGUGAAAGCUUUGAAAUCUUUGAUGUGCCUGUUCAAAGUAUUCUUUCACAUAAGAUUGCAAUGGGUGAUAAAGAAAAGAAUCGGUAUAGUCAAUGGAGUCCGGAGGAGACCAAAGUCUUGAUAGAACUACUCGUGGAGUCAAUUCAACGUGGAUGGCGUGACCAGAAUGGUAUAUUGCACAAACCAACGGUGGAGCAUAAAAUAUUACCGGCGCUUAAUGAAAAACUUGGAUGCCAAAAAAACCACAAGCAUUAUUUGAGCAGAAUCAAGUACUUGAAAUCUCAAUAUCAGUGUUAUGGACAUCCAAGCCACAAGUUUUUGCGAUAUGACUCCAUUGACCAGUUUGAGGAUUUGAAAAUCAUAUUUGAUUGUGCGAUCGCUAAUGGAGGCUCUUCAGUUGGUUUGGGUGAUACCACAGAUGCUCGCACGUUCAAGACUGCUGAUAGUCAAGUAAAAGAAAGCUUGAACUUUGAUGACAGCAAUGGUGAUGAAUUUGUACUACCGUCUGAGCAACAAUCAGCAGAAUAUGCUGCAUCACCUUCGUCAGAAAAAAAUCUCAACAGGCGUGUAGAAAAACAUGUCCCAAGAAAAAGAUCUCGAACGGACGCCUUUAGUAGUUCAGAUGAGAUAAAAAAUUAUCACACUGAUGCUAUGGUAAUGGUGAGCAAUAAGAUCCUUACUGUCAUACAACAAAGAGAAGAAAGACAACAGAAGGAAGUUGAGAAAAGAGAAGCUGAAAAGAACAAAAUCAGUUUCUUUAGCUUCUACCAUAAUAUAAUCGUUACUUGUUUGUAUCUUAUAAUGGAGAGCAUCACUGAAGAAGAAGAACAUACAUAUGUUGAAGAAAAAACAGACCAAAUGGAAGAAGACGAAUCAGAUUUGGAUAUUGUGUUGUUGAUGUUAAAUAAUAUAGCAAACGCUUAUCUGAAGAAUGGCAGUCGCAUUCAACGUCCCAUUCGUCGGCUGAUCACUACUAUUGGUUAUGAUUACAUUCAAAAAGCUCUCAAAGAGGAUCCUCAUCACUUUCGGUCAGUAUAUCAAAGUGUACAUGUGGGCGCCCUUGAAUCCCAACAAAUAGAGUACGCCAAUAAUUGGAGAGACACUAUAGCUUUAAGUAUGUGGAAUGAUGCAAUGGAAACUGGAAGUCAACAU